AUGUCCACUACAACGCGGCUGUGGCUGCGGAACGAGGUCUUCGACGGGGUGCUGCCGCUGAGGGCGACGGGAGUUCCACUCUCGCCGGCGAGGAAUCUCGGGCCGGGGACGGCGGCCGGACCGUCCCCGCUUUUCGUGCUGCUGAAGGCGGUGCGCGAGGUUAACCCGGACACUGUCAGGUACACCACGUGGAUCACCGAGGGAUGGCGAGUCCUGCAGUGGUCGGAACCGUCGGCAAAGCUCUUCUGGGAGAUGCUCUGCAUGUACCAAUGCCAUAGCCCCAGGUUGGGGUCUACGGAGAAAAUGUCCAGCGGGGUGGGCAAGGAAGACAAGGUUCAGUCGGUACAGCUCAGCGUGUCACAGCUGGGGCUCUUCCUGUUCCUUCACCUGCACACGGACUCGACCAACCACAGGCUGGCUUCCCAACGAGCACACCAGGCGGACAGCGUUUGGCCCUCGGAGGAGGCAGCGGCCGCACUAGGGGGCAGCCCCAGAAGGGCUGGAGGACCUGCCAUUUCUCCGGGAAGGGUCGCGCACGGCAGAGGGGCCACCUCUCCCAACUCUCUGGCGGCACCCUCUUCCCCACGGGGCUUCGGCACCGGAACGUCGGCGGCGGCAGCUGCCGCAGCGGGGAUUCACAUGUUCCCGUCGACGUCGCCCGUGUCGCCGACAAGGGCGAGGUCGAUGCGGCUACACACGAGGACCUCAGACGAAGCCCACCGCCUGGGAUUCGUGAAGCGGCACCUGCACGAGCUGCUGAGGCUGGCCAGCAGCCACCCGGCCGCCCUGCUCGCCACCCCUGCCUCUCUCGCUUCCCUCGCAGCGGCGUCGUCGACAUCGUCCAAGACGCUGCAGCAACAGACGCAGGCUGUGGCGGAAGCCGGCGCGGCGGCUCUGACAAGGGAGAGCAAGCCGACAUCCGGGGGCACCGCGAGUGCGGGGGGAUCGGGGUCGGAGGAGGAGGACGAGCCGGACUUGUCACGGGACGAGUUCGAGUCGCUCGGGUUCUUGCUGACCGGUGGAGCGAGUCUUGAGGCGGAGAGGGCUCCGGGCGUGAGCCUUGCCGACCUGUGCCCGCUGUGGGGUGACCAGGGCGGCUUUUCGGUGCUCCCCUCUCCUUUCGUGCCCCGCGCAGACACUCCCUCCACAGCCGCCCUACGCUCACAUGCAUAAUAGCUUCUUCGUGUUCCGUUGGGGUGUAUACACGAUGGCACGCUGUUCUUUCCAACAGGACAAUAAAGAGCAGCGUAGUGCUUUCUCAAUACAUGCGUGAUCCAAUACCGUAAGGUUGCGAGUCAGCGCACAGGGGUGCGAACGAUUUUUAAAGCGCGAUUUCUCCACAACCAGCAGGUUACCACAGUCCAAAAUCAUGUUAGGUACAUAUAUGGGGGUGUUUAAUUCAAUUAAUUGUUUUUGGGUUUGGCAUAUAUGGGUGUACUCAUAGUCGUGCAUGCCGUAGUCGUUUGACCAUUGACCUCGCAUCCCUACAAAGCCGGGACGGAGCACGCCGGGUUCUCAC